AUGAUGGGCUGUGGGGAGUCAGAGCUGGGAUCAGCAGCAGAAGAGGCCGUGGCGGUCCCGGAGCCACCCCCAGAGCCUCGAACCUCGGAGCCAGGAGCCCCAGUGCCAGAGCCCGGCCUGGACCUGAGCCUGAGCCCGAGCCCGCGGCCCGAGAGCCCAGAAACGCCGCGCCGCAGCCCUGGGCGGAGGCAGGGGCGGGAGGAUCGGCGACGCGGUUUUCGGAAAGGGAGACAGGUCCGAUUCCGCCUGGCGCCUGGCGCCCCCAGCCGAUCCGAGCCGCAGCCGGCGGCGGUCGUAAGGAGCGAGCAGCCCGCGGCGCCGCACGAGUUGGAGGCGCCCGCGCUCCAGAGUACCCUGGUCCUGGGCCACGAGCUGCAGGCCGCACGGGCCGCUGCCGGGGGCCACUUUGACGCCGAGAAGGCGGUGGAGGAACAUCUGAGAAAGUCGUUCCAGACCCGCUGCGGCCUGGAGGAGAGCGUGACCGACGGGUUGAAUGUACCGCGCUCCAAGCGGCUCUUCCGGGACCUGGUGAGCCUGCAGGUGCCCGAGCAGCAGGUUCUGAACGCCGCGCUGAGGGAGAAGCUGGCGGUCCUGCCUCCGCAUCCUCGAGCCCCGCCCUCCAAGGAGGCACCUGGAGCAGGGCCAGACAUGACCAUCCUCUGUGACCCAGAAACAUUAUUUUACGAAACUCCACACCUGACCCUGGACGGCUUGCCUCCCCUCCGGCUUCAACUCCGGCCCCGCCCCUCAGAGGAUACUUUCCUCAUGCACCGGACAUUGAGGCGAUGGGAAGCGUAG